CCCAUUUCUUCACCAUCCCAUUUACCUUCUUCCCACUUGCGAGUAAAUAUUUUGCUCCCGCCUCUUAGGUGGGCCGGGCCUAAAAGAGACAGAGAGCCAGUUGCUUAAACACGGAGAAAAGACGCAUGAAGAGAUAAUUUUCACAGGAGGGUUGAAAACUCUUCUUCCACAGGCUGUCAGAAACCUAAUUCGUUUAAAUAAACUCAGCAUUAGCAAUACUUCUGGAAUGGCAGAAGGAUUUAAGCAAGCAAAUGUUAUAAUUCUGCAUAAAUCUCUUGCUGAUGACUUUGAAAAAUUUUGCCAAGCAAAUGAUGGGCCACUUCCUCUACUGUAUAGAGGGAAACCAGGGGAAUGGAAUUGCCCAUUGCUGAACAGUGAUUCUGAUAUUAGAACUGACUGUCUGCAGUAUAGGAAAUAUGAGAAUGGAAUGUGUACAGGAAUUCUGACAAGCCUGAAGGAAUAUUCUGAACAGCUUAAAGAUCUGGUGGUUUUCUACCUAGGCUGUAGUUUCACAUUUGAAAAAGCACUCCAGAAAGUUGACAUCCCUGUAAGAAAUGUGGAACAGAAAUGUAAUGUAAGCAUGUACAAGACUGCCGUGCCCUGUUGUGACACUGAAAAUUUUCAUUGUAAUCUGGUAGUAACCAUGAGACCUAUUCCUAAAGACAAAUUGGAAGUGGUUGUGCGAACCACCUAUUCAAUGAAAAAAUCACAUGGAGCACCAGUUCACAUUGGUAACCCUGUUUUGUUGGGAAUCCGAGACCUUUCCAGCCCAGACUAUGGUGACACUGUACAGGCUCAUCUUGGGGAUGUUCCAGUCUUCUGGGCCUGUGGGGUGACGGGGGUAGAGGCUGUCAGCAAUUGCAAGUCCCCAUUGGCUUUCACCCAUUCUCCUGGUUGCAUGUUCAUCACUGAUUUGAAAGAGGAGGAUCCUGCAUGUGGUUAUGGUAAAGAACUCCCUGAAGUCUAUUGUAUUUGUCGGAAUCCUUUGCAUUAUAGCAUCACGUCAGCAGCAGCUGUACAAAAAAUCAGAUGUUUAGAAGACAUGAUAGGAGUGGACCCAGGGGACAGAGGUGUGCAACAUUUGUGUACUCAGGAUGAACUUCUGAAGGCGUGUCUGUCCAUUUCCCAUGCACAGUCGGUGUUGAUCACUACUGGAUUUCCUACCCAUUUCCAAUAUGAGCCACCAGAAGAGAAUGACGGACCUCCCGGAGCCAUUGCAAUGGCAGCUAUAUUGAAGGCCUUAGGGAAAAAUGUUGUCAUAGUCACUGAUCAAAGAGCUCUCAAUUUAAAUAAAAAAAUUAUCAAGGAAGCCGUUGAACAAGGGAUACUGGAUACACCAAUCCCUAUAAUUAGCUAUCAUAGUGAUUCUGCAGAUUCAGCUUUGCAAUUUUUAUGUGAAGAUGGAAAUAAAGAGAAGCCCAGAUUUCAUCACCUGAUAGCAAUAGAGCGUGCUGGGAUGGCUGCUGAUGGCAAUUAUUACAAUGUAAGGAAAAUUAACAUUAAGCAUUUAGUGGAUCCCAUUGAUGAACUCUUUCUAAUUGCACAAACUAUCCCUGGAAUUACUACAACAGGCAUUGGGGAUGGAGGAAAUGAAUUAGGGAUGGGAAAAGUAAAAGAAGCUGUAAAGAAAUACAUUCAAAAUGGAGAUGUUAUAGCUUGUGAUGUGGAAGCUGAUUUUACAAUUGUUGCAGGAGUUUCUAACUGGGGAGGCUAUGCUGUUGCUUGUGCGCUCUAUAUCCUCAAUACAUGUGAAAUACAUGACCGCUAUCUGAGGAAAGCUGUUUGAUUUCCCAGGUUAUCCAAGAAAGUGAGCUGGGCAUCAGCACUGCCCUCUGUGGCUAAGGAAGAAAAGUUGCUGAAAAUAUUACAGCAGAACCAAGUCCGGAGUGGAAAAACUGCGAGUCUGGCAAUGGAAGUGGAUGGUCUACCAUUCUAUGAUGUUCAUUCACUUAUACUUGAGAGGCUGCUGGAGGAAACGCUGAAAUAACUCUUUCCUAACAAGUGAUGAUAUAGUGGUCAUUUCUUAAAUCAGGACUAUAUAACACUGGGAGACUGGAAAAAGCUAUCAUCCUCUAAUCAGCAAAGAUGGUAUUAUUGCGAAGUGUACGCCCAAUGAUUCUGUGGCUGGGUAGAAGAAUAUCCUGAAAUCAUGCUAUAAAUUACCGAACCUGUAAUCAUACUAUACAUUGCUGGAUCAAUUUCAAUGGAAAACCAUAGACUUUCAGAAUUAUGCCUUUUCAAAUUGCCUCUCCAAAAUAUAUUUGUAUAGAUGUCUACCUUUAUCAUGUUUAACGAUAAAUAUACCAAGAAUAUGGUUUCUCUGAUUUAGACAUUAUCUACCUGGCCAUCACCUGUCAAAUCCCACAU